CGGAGUGGGCGCAGUAAAAAAUGGAAAGAGAUGCUGAAGUUGCCACCUGUUAGUCACUGUGAAGGUAUUAGAUGCUCAAUCGAAAGAGACUAUAACCAGCUUUGUGACAAACAGCCAAUAGGAAGACUUCUCUUCAGACAGUUCUGUGAUUCCAGACCGGAUUUGAAAAGAUGCAUUGAAUUUCUGGAUGCAGUGGCAGAAUAUGAGGUAUCUUCAGAUGAAAAGCGCAUAGACUGUGGCCUGAAAGUUCUAGAGACGUACUUCACUAAUGGGUCUGCAGCACACUUGCCAGAAAUACCUCAGGAAACAGUAAAUGAAUGUAAAGCAAGACUGGAAAAGAACCCUUCUAAGGAUCUUUUUAUGGACUGCACUAGAAUUGUCCACGAAUACCUAAGCAAAAGACCUUUUGAAGCUUACCAAGAAAGCAUAUAUUUUUCCCGUUUUUUACAGUGGAAAUGGCUGGAAAAGCAACCAGUAACCAAACACACGUUCAGGCAUUAUCGAGUAUUAGGCAAAGGUGGAUUUGGAGAGGUGUGUGCCUGUCAAGUACGGGCAACAGGAAAAAUGUAUGCUUGUAAAAAGCUAGAGAAAAAGAGAAUAAAGAAGAGGAAAGGAGAAUCAAUGGCUCUAAAUGAAAAAAGAAUUCUAGAAAAAGUGAAUAGUAGGUUUGUAGUUAGUUUAUCCUAUACAUAUGAGACGAAAGAUGCCCUGUGUUUAGUAUUAACCAUAAUGAAUGGAGGGGAUUUGAAGUUUCACAUAUAUAACAUGGGAAAUCCUGGCUUUGAUGAAGAAAGGGCUAUUUUCUAUGCUGCAGAACUGUGCUGUGGUCUGGAGGAUUUACAGAAGGAGAGAAUUGUUUACAGAGACUUGAAGCCUGAAAAUAUACUCCUAGAUGACUGUGGACAUAUCAGAAUUUCAGAUCUUGGAUUAGCUGUGCAGAUUCCAGAAGGAGAAACGGUGCGAGGACGGGUUGGGACUGUUGGCUAUAUGGCUCCAGAAGUGCUGAAAAAUGAGAAGUACACAUUCAGCCCGGAUUGGUGGGGUCUUGGAUGCUUGAUUUAUGAAAUGAUUGAAGGCCAGUCUCCAUUCAGGAAACAUAAGGAAAGGGUCAAACGGGAUGAAAUUGACCGGCGAGUAAAGGAAGACCAGGAAACAUAUUCAGACAAGUUCUCAGAGGAGGCAAAAUCAAUCUGCAGGAUGUUACUUGCUAAAAAUCCAGGGGAACGACUGGGUUGCACUGAAGACGGAGCUGCUAUUGUAAAGCAACAUCCUAUUUUCAAGAAUAUUAACUUCAAGAGGCUGGAAGCUAACAUGUUAGAACCUCCAUUCUUGCCAGAUCCACGUGCCGUAUAUUGUAAAGAUGUUCUGGACAUAGAGCAGUUCUCAACAGUAAAAGGAGUGAACCUGGAUACUACAGAUGAUGACUUCUAUUCCAAAUUUGUUACGGGUUGUGUCUCAAUCCCUUGGCAAAAUGAGAUGAUUGAAACGGGAUGCUUUGAAGAUAUAAAUACAUAUGAAACUGAUGGUACUGUGUCACCAGACAGAGAGAGGUCUCCUAAACCAAAGAGAGGCUUUUUUCACAGACUUUUUAGUGGAGAGGUCUGCUUUAAAUCUGAUUGCAGUGACGAUGAGCAGGAGUCCUCCCGACUUUAAAUCAUUUUACUCUCAUCGGAAAGGAUGAGCAAACUUUAAAUGUUUUAUAUCUCUGUAGCAAAGUGUAUUAUAUAUAUUUUUUAUCUGAGUUCAAGGAUUUUUGUACAUUUGUACUUCAUUUGUUUUAAGAUGUAUAUUUUCACUAAAGCUUAAUUGUACAAAAA